AGAUGGAAUCAAUUUCAACUGGUUUAGGAAGCAAAUCCAAGCCAUGCACUAAAUUUUUCAGGUACGUAGCACUGUUCAUCCUUAAACGAGUUAAAAAGUCAAUGUAACAAAAUGUGAUUCCUCCUAAGAAUGGAUGAUAAGCUUAUAUGGAGAAUAAUUUUGGAACUGAACUCUACUGGUGAAUCUAAUAUACAAAAUCAACCAAAACUUGUCUUUGUAAACAAUUUGUUUAUUCUUCUUCUGUUUGAUGGUAAGGAAUCUGUAAUUUUGUAUAUGCAGUAAAACCAUUAUUAUCAGGUAAGGUUCUUCUUGCAUUAUCCUUGAACCAUCCAUGAGUCUUUCGUUGCUCAACGUGUUGUUCAUCGGUGAUGCAUUAUGGAAUAUUAUCUGUUUUAUUACUCUAUAAGUUUAUGUCAUUAUUUUUGUACUAAAUGCUAUAGCUUUUCGAGAAGGUAGCAAUAGUGCAGCAACUUGGAGAUAUGUCGGGUUUUUUUCUUUGUCGGGUUAAUUUGCUGAUGCAUUAUGUUUUCUAUCGCAGCACUUCUGGAUGUCCGUUUGGUGACAAUUGUCACUUCUUGCACUAUGUACCUGGUGGGUACAAUGCUGCAGCGCAGAUGACAAAUCUCCGACCACCAGUUGCUCAAGUUUCGAGAAAUAUGCAAGGAUUUGGUGGUCCGGGCGGCAGAUUCUCAGGGAGAGGAGAUCAAGGACCAGGCCCUGUUUCAAUCUUUGGUGCUUCUGCUACUUCCAAGAUCAGUGUAGAUGCUUCUUUAGCCGGUGCCAUCAUUGGAAAAGGUGGAAUCCAUUCCAAACAGAUAUGCCGUCAAACAGGAGCGAAAUUAUCGAUUAAAGAUCAUGAAAGAGACCCAAACUUGAAAAUUAUCGAACUAGAAGGAACAUUUGAACAGAUCAAUGUAGCGAGUGGGAUGGUCAGAGAGCUCAUAGGGAGGCUUGGAUCAGCCAAGAAACCUCAAGGGAUUGGUGGUCCUGAAGGGAAACCACAUCCUGGGAGCAACUACAAGACCAAGAUCUGUGACAGGUACUCUAAAGGGAACUGUACAUAUGGAGAUAGAUGCCAUUUUGCGCAUGGUGAAGCUGAGCUGCGCAGGUCAGGAAUCGCUUAGUUAUGUCUUUAGACUCUUGAGAACAGAUUAUGCAUUGUUGUUAGCUCCAUUAUCAUUGUGACUUUUUGCUCUGUUUAGUUAUUUUAUCGAUUUGUUUUAUGCGACUGGCUUUGAAACCUUUUAGACGAGUUCUUUUAGGUUACCAA